AUGACCGUUCUUUCGAGUCCAUACACCUUGCGCGCCAGAGUCGAUAUUGCCAAAGUUACGGCUUUUUUUAAGAUUCUGAUGGAGAACAUUGAGGCGGAAGACCUGAACGGAACUGCAACGCGCACGAAAUUGACGGCUGGCUCAACACCCCUCAAACGGCUUAUCUGGUCGAGUAGCUGGUCGACAGCUGCCACCGACCAGCGUCCAUAUCUUCCCCGUUGUUUUGUUUUCGUGUCUUGUCGGGAAAUCCAAUCAAUCCUUCACUUGGUCGUCCUUCUCAACCUGCGCGCAUCGGGCCAAAGCUCAAUUCGCACCAAGGGCAGAUGCUCCUCCGUGCCAAAGAAACUCUCCUUCCUGGUCGAGUCUACCUCCUCCUCAUCCUCUGCCACCAACACCCCUCGAGCCCACAGCGGCCCCAUUGCGAACUGUAAAGUGACCAGUAAUCAGAUUGAAUUACGUCCGCGGCAGGUUCAGAAUGCAGUACGGCUGGAGAGCAGGAACGCUGCGCAGCCAGUUAUGCCAACACUGUCGAGUAUCACUGCAAGGCUACCGUUCAUUUCUCGAAUUUCGGGUAAAGAACCGAAUGCGUUUGUGCAGUCUGCCUCCAGCGACCCCAUACUCCAGAACCGCUACCUCUCAAACGACGGCGCCGCUCGGUUGGCUCGUUGGACUCAAGUCGUUGGCGUCGCCGAAAAUAGUAUUUUAAAGACCUCCAGUCGAAGGCAGCAUGGUGGACUGUGCAAGGCAGCCGGACGUAGCAGAGUACGCCUGUCGGAAGUCCAGACAAAGCCGAGUGCCGAAAAUCGAACCCGAGACCAUGCGAACAGCAGACGGGCUGCACGAUCUCCUUCUACAACCCCCGUGCACAGAGAACGGCUCCCGCGUUCCAUCCAGCCGCUUUCAAGUAACGGCAGAACCUCCCCUGCCCCUGUACGUGCGUUAUCGCGCGCUGCACAGUCUGUCCAGAACAGGACUAAAACUGUACCCAUAAAGUUGGUAAAGGCGUCAUCUGAAGGCUCCCUUACAAUUGGAGACCCGAAGGACGCUGAAGCCACUCCCUCGGGACUAGCGGAGCAGGAAGACUCCCUCAUCUGUGGCGGUCCAAGUGUAGAACUUUCUAUUGCUGGCAGUGCCGUCAUCAACAUACCCGUUUUGGGCUUUUUUCGCAGUGGCCGAACUAGCCUUCUUGAAAGUCUGGUUCAGUCGCAACCAGUUUACUCAGCAACAAAGGACACCUCUAGCACUGGCCCAAGUUACUACUGCCCAAUAUACGUAAGGGCCCUGCGUGAACAAAUCCUCCUGGCCAACAUUGACGUGCCCAUGGUCAUUGUAGCCAACAAGGUCGACUUGCUCAAACGUGCUGCACCUGCAGUGCGACAAUUUGCUGAUCUGACUACCUCAGGGAGCCAAAUGCGACGGCUCAACAGAAGUAUCUUCUGUCGUGGCAUUGUCGGCAAGGGAAGCAGUAAUUCCGUCAGUCGCUUGGACCUACCCCAGUCACUGGGAUUUUCCUCGACCCUACCACUCAGUUCGGCAGUUCCCUCGGGCAAAAAUAUGGUUCGACGGGAGCUGGCUGUGUUAAUUAAGAAGCACUGGAAAAACUGUGUCCUGGUGGAGUGCUCCGCUAUCUACAACUUUAAUGUUCUCAGCAUCCUCAAAGAGGUAAUGAAGUUUGUGCAGUGUAGGGAGGCUGGACCGAAACCGACAGCGGCGCAGGCAGUUCAAGCCGCCUGGGUUCGAAAUCAGUGCUCCAUUCUGUAA